AUCCCCACUCACUGCACUUCUUCCUCAUUUGUGUAAGAUCCCUUUUCCCAGCCGAGUUUGCUGGUGGCUGUUGUUCUGGUCGUGUGUUGGAGUCCCCCUUUCUCUGUCUUCCCUCCUCUCUCACUCCCUCCCUUCGUUUCCUCCGCUGCGUUCUACUCUAUAUGUGGCUCUCAGGCAGCUCCGCUCCAAAUGUUUUCCAUAUUAGUUCAGAGCCCUCUCUGAUUCCAAAUAGCAGGGCUUUGCUCAGAGAAGAGCCCCUAGCAGGGCAGGGAGGGGAGAAGAAGGGGAAAGAAGGGAAGGGCAGGGCAGAAGUGGUGUCAGGCAGCACAGUGGAAGGGCAGUCAGGCGAAAGAGAGCAGAAGAAAACGCGAGAAGAGGAAGGAGAGGACAAGCAAAAACAGAGAAAAGCCCCCAGUUGACCUUUUAGAGGAAGAGUAAGUCCAGGGCGGAGGUCAGGAGGAAGUAUGGGGUCAGAGAAGAGUCCAGUAGCGUCCGGUGGAGGAGAGAGGCAGGCCAGGCCGGAGGACAGCCAUACAUGCUGCGGUUGCCGCUUCCCGCUGCUCAUCGCCCUGCUGCAGCUGCUGCUCGGCAGCUCCACAGCCAUUAUGGCCUUCUUCAUGGCCAGCAUCAGCCCCUCUCUGCUGGCCAGGGAGACGCCUCACUGGGCCGGCAUCAUCCUGUGUGUGGUGUCUAUAGUGGGAUUUGUCCUUUACUGCAUCACUUACCUGCCUGAUGAGAGAACCUCCAUGCAGUUCAUCAUAAAGCUUCUCUACUUCCUCCUGUGUUCAGUGGGGGUGGUCAUCUCCAUCCUGGUCAUCGCCUUCCAGGGACACCACUAUUCCCUGACCAAUGGCUUCGCGUGCAGGGAGAUGGGUGAAAACUGUGUGUGCACGCUGGAGCCCGAGGACCCCAUUGCGCGUACCUUCACCUACGUUGAGGUGAGCAACUGCUCGGCUAUCACGAGCACGCUCAUGCUCUACUACCUGCUGCAGAUGGUGCUGAACCUGGCCCAGGCCAUUGUCUGCAUGGUGGGAGCCUUCAUCAUGUGGAAGCACCGCUACCAGGUGUUCUUUGUGGGGCUCCAGAUGGGCUCCCCCACCAGCCAACACUGGCAGAAGGUUUAGGGGCAGGGCCUAGGGUGAGGAACUGGGAGAAGGAAUGAGAAGGAAAAGAGGAAGAAAGUUCUCCUGGGGAGGAAAUGUGUGGAAUGGGUGCGGGUGUGUUGAGGGAAAGGUCAGAACUUGCCCUUUCUGAGCUGUGUGUUUGUUUGUGUGUGCCUGAUGUGUACUGUAAACGUGUGUGUGAGGGAGGUGGUGGUGGGAGAGCAUACCUACAAACAGUGCUAUUGGCACACUCUAUUGUGGCAAAUGAUGGUCCCUUUUUAGAGCUGUUGUAUUUUUCUACAGUGGCUUCUGGACAUUUCCACUAAUGUAAAUCUGUACUUGCCUUUGCCAGUGUGUUUUAGAGUCAGGGAGGAUAUUUUUGUCUAUUGAGCUGAAUUUGAGAUGCUAUAAGAGAGCAUUAAUUCUGAGAGCGUUAUGUAUUUGCUCUACUGUUUGCAUUGGAUUUUUAUUAUACUGAUGGCCUUAAGAUUUAGUAUAGUCAAAUGACAAAUCACCACUGUUAACCUCUCAGCAAAAAGCACUGCUAAGAAUUUUAUACCUAACAUUUCAAUCUGUUCUCUUUUUCUAAAGAUAUGUUAAAUAAUAUUGUAAACAGGUUGAUAAAGAUUAUUGUGUGUAACCUAGAAAACAUAAAAGCAUUUCCAACUUGUAGCACAUAUUGUUUUAUAUGUGGUUUUGCCAUGUUUUGUUUUGGUCAAUAUACCAGUGUUACACUGACACUUGUCUGACUGAUUUGCGCAUGUGUGUGUAUGUGUGUGUGUGUGUGUGUGUGUGUGUGUGUGUGUGUGUGUGUGUGUGUGUGUGUGUGAGACUCAUGACGCAUUCUCAUUUUAUCAUUUUUUGUGCUGGACAAACGCACACAAAUGUGGUCAGACAAGUGGGGGGAGCCAACAUCAGGAGAUUUUAACUAACACAGCAAUCCAACAUAAAACUGGGUUUGCCUACAAUUACACUUCUCAUUUGAUAUCAUAUGUCAGUAUUAAAAAACAUAAUAUUAACAAUCACAAUAGUAUCAUACAUAUUCAGUGUAGUUUUGUUGCCUUUUACUUUGCAUAUUGUUGUAUUUCUUACAAAAUACCCCAAUAAUGAUAAAUACAUUGAUAAUUAAGAAUGAAUUAUUAACCAUUAAUGUUGUUUAAGUCAACAAACGAUCAUAAUACCUUUGUAAUAUAACAGGUUACUGUUUCUCUUUUUGUUUUUCUGACCAUCUCUAACAGAAAUAGUAAUGGACAACAUGCACAGACAGCCAGCAGUCAGGGUUGUAAGGUAUGUCCAGUAAAAGGACUGGCCAGGCUUGUGGUUAGAAGCCUUGACUCACAGGCAGUAAACAGCAGCCGCCACUGUGAGUGUGCAGAGCAAUGGGGGGGAGGUCAGAGGGGGUACUGGAACAGGCAACAGGGCAAUGCAGGAAUCUUAGCAGACUGACUGAGUUGAUCAUUUCUCCUUCUAGAUAAUAAAAAAGCACCAAUGCAGGUUUAGCACAUUUAAAUGAACCUGAGUCUGGACUUUGUUGAAUGUGUGAUAUUUGGUAAAAUUGUAUGCUUGGAUUAAAGUGUUUAUUCAACUG